CUGACAGACUAAUAUGUAGAGGCAAUUCACUGUCUCUGUAUGGGGAGUGCUGAAAAAACUGUUAAUAUAAAAAAUGGCCAGUCUUAUCCUUUAUUACCAUUAGCCACUCCCCUUUUGUUUACUUCUCAAGCUCACACCGGGAGGUCAUUGCACAUAGUUUCAUAGUCAGUGGAGUUAUUAUUAGAAUUACUGAGUUGGACAAAAGACGACACCAAAACAAUAACACUAAUAAUUACAUUAGCAAUUAUACAUUUUACUGUUUCACACACAUAUAACGCAUUUAAACAUUGAUUAUAUAUGAUGUUGUUUUAACAAUCCUUCUUGCAAUCAUUAGCUAUUUAGUUACCAUUCACCUUAAAGAAGUAUGCUUUCAGCUUCCACUUCGUAAAUAUCUCUAGGAAUAAACAAUGUACAGAGAGUAUAUGCUAUGGAGAGUUAUAAAAAAGUAUACUUAAAGUGCAUUGCAGUGUUUCGGUCAGUCUAACCUAAACAUUAUGUGCUACUAUAGCCAGACUAGAAUCAAUACAUAACAGUCAUAACUGUGUCUCGUAGCAAACAUAGGGCCACUGAAUUUCAGUAAAUGGAAAUGGCAACAUAUCUGUAGAGGCCAACGACAGUAGGAUAGGCAGUCUGGCACUGUUCAGACUCUAUGGCCCCUGGUAAUUGUUAGCUGUAGUGUCAUAAAUACACUGACACACCGUGGUAGCGAUGACUACAACAGCUAGAUAAUUACAAAGAGGUGAAUAUCAGCAAGUAGGUUAAGUACAAAAUCAUUUAGUCACAGCUAUACUUUGUUGAGUACUACCUGUUGUCUUCAAAAACAAAAAAAUAACAUGUUUUGUGUCCUCAUUUACAUCUACACAAGGGCUGCAUGGGUAUUCACAAGUAGACAUCUGGGGGGGCAAAAAGUCUUGACCUAGCAGUUUUGCCAGAGUCACAUGAUGGGUUGUCAGCUGUAUAGCCUGUUAUCAUAGCUUUUGUUGAGAGAUUAACAGAGAACACACAAUGUGGAGCCAGGCCCCGUCUGCCAGACAUAGUCUCAGUCCUGGUAGAGAACACAGAGAACACAGAGAACGCAGAGGGAUACAUUGUUUCCAAACUAACUCAAGUUCCACUUCAGCUGCUGCUCCUCCAUCCAGCCAACUGAUCAAAUUCUCCUUGGGACUGGCUCCUCAGCUGCCACUAUCACAGAGAUAAAGAGGAAGAAAAGAGGGAGAGAGAGGGAGAGAGCACACGCACUGGUUCAUUAACUCUUCGAACCCCCCUCCAAUGAAACCGCAUCUCGUUUCCAAGAGCGCCCUCCACAAACACAAUAUUUUUCAUCAAUCUGCAAAAUCAACACGCCAAAGGAAAAUGGUUGGGAAGUCCCUGAUUGCUGGUCUGGUGGUCCUUCUGGUGGCUACAUUGAGCCUCCUCCUGGGGUUGUGCAUGGGCUUGGGAAAGAAAAACACGCCACCCUCCUCGGACCACAUCUACCUAAAGGCUGCUGUGGCCGCCGACGCUGGAAAGUGUUCGGAAGUGGGGAGAGACAUUUUGAAGAAAAACGGUUCAGCUGUGGAUGCAUCCAUCGCUGCCUUGCUAUGCGUCGGCCUUUUGAACGCUCACAGCAUGGGCAUUGGAGGAGGGCUCUACUUUGUCAUCUAUAACGCCUCCACAGGGAAGGUGGAAACCAUCGAUGCGAGGGAAACGGCACCCAUGAACGCCACUGAAGACAUGUUUGCCAACAACUCCAAGCUUUCUCACACAGGUGGACUGUCCAUUGCCAUUCCUGGGGAGAUCCGCGGUUAUGAGUUGGCGCACAAGAGGCAUGGCAAGCUGCCAUGGAAGGAGCUGUUUGAGCCGAGCAUUGCCUUGGCUCGCGAUGGCUUUCCUAUAGGAAAGGCUUUGGCCCAUGCCAUCUUCAAGAGCAAAGAUUUCAUUCAAGCAGACGCCAACAUGUGUGAGGUGUUCUGUGAUUCUCAAAAAAACAUCCUGAAGGAAAAUGAUAUUGUUAGAUUUCCAAAGCUGGCUGACACAUACCAAAGAAUAGCAGAGGACGGGCCAGAUGUGUUUUACAGUGGGUCAAUGGCACAGAGCAUCGUUGAGGACAUCCAGGCUGCAGGUGGCAUUAUUACCCUGGAUGAUUUGUCGGAGUACCAGCCUGUGCUGAAUGAGAACCCUCUGAAGCUGAAUGUUGGGGAAUACACCAUGCAUGUCCCAGACGCCCCCUCAGGUGGCCCUGUACUGGCACUCAUACUCAACAUAGUGGAUGGAUACAACUUUACAGACACAAGUGUCUCUACAGCAGAGAAAAAGACUCUGACAUAUCAUCGUAUUGUAGAGGCUUUUCGUUUUGCUUAUGCCAAGAGGAGCAGACUUGGGGACCCACGUUAUCUCAAUAUAACUGACCUCAUCCAAAACAUGACCUCAGACUACUUUGCUGAUUGCAUAAGGAGUAAAAUUUCAGAUGACACCACCCACCCAGACAGCUACUAUGAGCCAGGCUAUUUUGUCCCAGACAACCACGGGACAGCUCACCUUUCACUCAUAGCUGAGGAUGGCAGUGCUGUGGCAGCCACCAGUACAAUUAAUCAACACUUUGGUUCCAAAGUCAUGUCUCGAUCGACUGGAAUCAUCUUUAAUGAUGAAAUGUAUGACUUCAGUCUUCCGUACGUGACCAACGGGUUUGGAAUCCCUCCAUCGCCCAACAACCUCAUCCAACCAGGCAAGAGGCCACUGUCUUCCAUGUGUCCUGCCAUCAUCUUUGACAAAGAAAACAAAGUAAAAAUGGUUGUAGGAGCAUCUGGGGGCACAAAAAUACCCACAGCCAUUGCAUUAGUCAUCCUGAACUCCCUGUUCUUCAACUAUGACCUAAAGAAAGCUGUGACCGAGCCACGAGUUUACAAUCGGCACAACCCAAAUAUGACAGUGGUGGAACAGGGCUUUGUAAAGAAGGUCCUGGAAGGCCUGGUCCAGAAGAACCAUGUAACACAGCUGCUGAGGGCCCCGGAUACGGUGGUCCAGGCGGUGGUACGGCAGGGAGAGCAUCUCUGUGCGGAGUCCGACCCCAGAAAAGGAGGCUACCCGGCAGGAUACUGAGUGUGACUUCAGACCCUCCUCUGCCCAUCUCGGUCUGGACGGUCUCCUCAAAGACA